CGCGGGGAGAAGCCCGGCCUGGAGCUCGGACCGGGCCUUCGCCGCCUCCAGCGGCCUUGCCCGCCCGCCCGCCGCCCGCAUGGAGAGCCCCGCCGCCACCUUCAGCCUGGCCUACGUGGUGCUGGCCGUCUGCUUCGUCUUCCCGCCCAACGAGUUCCACCUGGCCGGGCUGACGGUGCAGAACCUGCUGGGCGGCUGGCUGGGCAGCGAGGACGCGGCCUUCGUCCAGUACCACCUCCGGCGCGGCGCCGCCACUCUCCUGGCCCACGCCCUCCUGCCCCUGGGUUACUAUGCUGGCAUGUGCUUUGCAGCGCCCGAGAAACAACUUUGCAGUUUUUAUCAGGCUCCAGAAGGCUGGAGAGUCUUUUUAUUGCUGGCUGUUCUUGCCCCAACCAUUGCUGGUAUCCUGAUAUAUUACUGGUCACGAAAUGGCUGGAAUAACCACCCAUUAGUCAAGACCCUUUCCCAUUAUGCCCUCCCACAGUCAGGCUGGAGGGCAGUGGCUUCCUCUAUCAACAUCGAAUUCAGGAGGAUUGACAAGUUUGCUACGGGAGCCCCGGGAGCCCGAGUAAUUGUUACAGACACCUGGAUCAUGAAAGUGACCACAUACUGUCUACAUAUUGCGCAGCAGCGAGACAUCUUUCUAACUGUGGUGGACUCCAGACAGCAUGAACUCUUGCCAGACUCAAACAUGCCUGCCCAGUUCCUCACGAUUCGUGUUGCCAGUAUUAAUCCUCAUGUGAAACCUUUCACUAUCCGGCUGAAUUCAACAGAAUAUGGCGAACUGAGAGAAAAGCUCCAUGCUCCCAUCCGUAAUGCUGCUAAUGUGGUCAUACAUCAGAGCCUCAGUGACUUGUUUCUGGAAACCUUUACCUCUUUGGUAGAGACUAAUCAGGCAUACAGUGUUUCAAGCAAUCAGGAGCUAGACCCAUGCAUUGGGUGUAUGCAAACUACUGCAAAUGUCAAGCUUCUGAAGAAUUGUCAAGAGCCGAAUGAAGGCGAGUGCCAACAAUGCUACUGUCGUCCCAUGUGGUGCCUGACUUGCAUGGGCAAAUGGUUUGCCAGCCGGCAAGACCAGCAGCACCCAGAAACCUGGCUUUCAAGCCGUGUGCCUUGCCCAACCUGCAGAGCCAAAUUCUGCAUUUUAGAUGUUUGUGUUAUACGAUGAACAGGUCCCGGAACACUCCUUGAAUCUGAACGUACUUCAAAGGUGGAUGACUCCACCUGCUGUUUACUUUUUAUUAUUCUGUUCAUGGGGACUUUCUCUUUGUUGUCUUUCUGAUUAUUUUUCUAUUGGUUCAGUUUUUUAAUUGCUGCAACCAAACAACGGAAAAUGGUUAUUUUCACCAGCUUUGGCUACUCCCUCUGGUUACAUUAAAUAUUGAGUGAUAGUUUAGAAUCGCAUCAGACCUCUACUGAAGCAGAAUUAGGGAACCCUGUGGCCUUCAAAGCUGUCCUUUCCACUAGUGGAACAGGGAAGAGGCAAUUUCCAUUGAUUACACUGCCUCCUCCCAUCUGCUUUGGAGGGUUGGGAGAAACACAGGGGUGAGGGGGUGGGAUGCCAGAAAUAGUCUCCCCACAUAAUCUAGCAGUGGAGGGAACAGUUCUGGCCACUAUCUUCACGAGACCUGUUCAGGUUGAAAUACGUAGCACAAAAUGGGGUGAUCAUCAAUUUAACUUUUUUGAGCAAUACAGCCAAUCAGUUCAGCUCUUGGCUACAUAGCAUAUUAGAAGAAGAAGGAGGAGCCCAUCUGCUCAGUAGUGGUUGGGGGCUUGCCUAUUAAACAAUACAUAACCAGUCUCAUCUGGGCUGGUGAACUGAUCACAAUUGUAUUAUGCCUGAAAUCAGAAUAAAAGUCGCAGUAUAAAAGUACACGUGUUAAGGUUUCAGGAAUCUAGUAUUACAUGGAUGCUUUCUCUCUUGAAACAGAAGUCUCAAAUACUUGCCCUGGAAUAGAACAUCUGAUUUUGCAAGAAUAAAUGUUGUAUGGUCUUUCCCCCUUUUAAAUUCAUUAACUAAGAUGUAUAAGUACCAUAGUUGCCUGGGAUUCUGGGAAAUAUGGGACAAUUUCUGUUAGUCAUGGAAUAUGUAUCAGAAAAUCUUUAGGUCAGAACUUUUUAAUGUUUGUUGCUGUCCCAGCUUUUAAUGCUUGGGAUUCAGAUGAGACACCAAAUAGACCAAUUGUGCACGAGAUACAAACUAUUGUAAAUAGAUUAGCAUCUUAAAAAUGCAAUCAUAUUACUUUGUAAAUCAAUAUUAAUCUUUAUGGGAUCUCUGCACUUGCUUUUCCUUGAUCUUCAGAGGCUUCCCAUUAUUAAAUGAGAAGGAUCACAGUUCACUUA